AUGCCUGGCUGCAAACUGACAUCGGACACAUUAUUUAAACUAGUCGCUCAUACUAAUAGUAAUAGUACGUGUCGUAUUAAUACAACAACAGCAACAUCAACAACGACCGAAAUACUUAUAGAUAAUGAUAAUAUUGAUUUAUCAUCACUCUAUACAAAUGGCACAACAACAUCGUCGAAUUUAAAUUUAAGUGAAACAGAUUUACGUACAUUAUGGUCACUUUUAUCUCAAAUGAUUCGUCAACGUCUUUUAAGACAUGAACCAUGUCUAUUACCUGAAUUAGGUGCAUUUGUUAUUAUUGAUCAUCCAUCAUCCGAAGAUGAUUAUCCCAUAUCAACAAAACAACAAUCUCAACGAUCAUCAGCAAUGAACAAUUUAUUAACAAAAGAACCAUUUUUUGUUUUAGAUACUACAUUUGCUAGACGACAUCGAUUAUCUCGAAUUAAAAAGCCAACAUUAUCAUCAGCACUUUCACUCUCAUUACAAUCAUCAGGUAAUUCAACAAUAAUCGAACCAAAUACAACAUUAUCAUCGUUUAAUAUGCAAACAAUAGAUUAUUUAAGUUUAAUUGAAAAAUCAGGUUUAACUGGCGAACAGUUACGCUAUUCUAUUCAACAAAUAUUUAAUAUUAUUGACAAAGAAAUUCAUCCACAUCGCUAUUGUGAUAUUGAAUUUGAUGGAUUAGGUUAUUUUCGAGUUCUUUUUGGUCUAGGAAUAUUUGAAUUUAGUGAUACAUUUUUAAAUGAAUUUCAUUCGACGUUAUUAACGGCAUCAACAUCAGAUCAGACAGUGACAUCACAGCAACAACGAUUGUAA